CAAACAAGUACCGUGCUUAAUUUCCAACUAUCACAUCCCUUUCAUUUUUAUAUCAAUAUAUUUUACUCGUUAGGUAUUUGUGGUCACUUAAAACAACUGUGCAAUGCCCGCAAGGCCAAGACGAGGGAGAGAGAAUCAGGGAAGAUGCUGAAGUUCUUGUCAAAGGUGAGGAUAGAGUUCAACGCGCUUGACCCACGCACGGCCGCGUGCAUGGAGUUCUUGGCACAGUGCAAUGCCCGCAAGGCCAAGGAGUCCAACCCUGGCUGUCAGGUGCUCGUCAAACGCCGGACUGACGAGCAGCCGCCGCAGAUUACAGUCACCUUCGUCAACGGCGUCGAGGAGGCCUUCGACGCCACCACCACCCCGGCACAGACCAUCAGGAACAUGAUUCUCGAGAAGGGUCAGUAUCUCGAGACCGAGCAGAUGUUCCGCGACGCCGGCGAGAAAUGGCCUGUCAUCAUUCCCGACGAAGAGCUCCACCAACCAGCCCCUGGUACCAAGGUAAUUGUUUCCCUCACUCUAAUUAUUUAUGGGUUUUCUGUUUUUGCGUGUUGUUCGUUGUAAUUUAAUUGUGGCAUUUCGUCGAAUAGUUGGUGUGGAUUUGAUUAUUUGGUGAAUGAGUUUGAGUGGUUUCCUUGUGAAUACAUAUUAUUGUGGUAAUUUGAUUCUUUGAUCUGGUCACCAAUUGAUGAGUCCUUAAAUUUGCUUUCUUUUGUGUCAUUCUAUGAUUUAUUUAGUCAAACAGUGCAUGAAUGUUAUUCUGUUUCAAUUCA